AUGGCUGAAGGGGAUGCAGCUGCACUUCCUGUGCAGGGCUGUUCUGCUUUAUUACUCACACUAGUGCUGUUUUAUGAGUGUUUUAGCACACUCUCGGUGGACCGGCCUCACUCAUUGAGUCUGCUGGGUACCCUUAAAACCAUGAGAGGAGAAACUCUGCAAUGUUUGGAGCCAAACUUUCACACCCUUGGAGCCUUUCAAAACUGUUUCUUGUAUAAUGAGAGCAAGCUGCCCAUUGCAGCCGCCCCAGUUAUUCAUUCAGUGUUUGAUUUAAUUUUUCAUAUGACAUAUGACCUGGCGAGUGCAGUGGUAAGAAUCUUUAACCUGAUUGGCAUGAUGUUGUUGCUGUGUCACUGGGACGGAUGCCUGCAGUUUCUGGUGCCUCUCCUGCAAGACUUCCCUCCUGAUUGCUGGGUGUCACUAAAUGGUAUGGUUAACGACUCCUGGGGAAAGCAGUACUCUUACGCACUAUUUAAGGCCAUGAGUCACAUGUUGUGUAUCGGGUACGGAGCCAGAGCGCCCGUCAGCAUGUCGGACCUUUGGAUCACCAUGCUCAGUAUGAUUGUGGGCGCCACCUGUUACGCAAUGUUCGUGGGUCACGCCACAGCCCUCAUCCAGUCUCUGGACUCGUCUCGGCGACAGUACCAGGAGAAGUACAAGCAAGUGGAGCAGUACAUGUCCUUCCACAAGCUGCCGGCUGACAUGCGGCAGAAAAUCCACGAUUACUAUGAACAUCGCUACCAGGGAAAGAUCUUCGACGAGGACAGCAUCCUGAACGAGCUCAACGACCCGCUAAAAGAGGAAAUUGUGAACUUUAACUGUCGUAAGCUGGUGGCCACUAUGCCGCUGUUUGCAAACGCAGACCCUAACUUUGUGACAGGAAUGCUGAGUAAGCUAAAGUUCGAGGUCUUCCAGCCUAACGAUUACAUCAUUCGCGAGGGGACCGUGGGAAAAAAGAUGUACUUCAUACAGCAUGGAGUGGCCAGCGUCAUUACCAAAUUCAGCAAAGAGCUGAAACUCACCGACGGAUCCUACUUUGGAGAGAUCUGCCUGUUGACGAAAGGUCGUCGUACAGCUAGCGUCCGCGCUGACACCUACUGCCGACUUUUCUCGCUGUCCGUGGACCAUUUCAAUGAAGUCUUGGAGGAAUAUCCCAUGAUGCGCCGUGCAUUCGAAACUGUAGCUAUCGACCGCUUGGACCGCAUCGGGAAGAAGAACUCACUCCUGCUCCAAAAAUUCCAGAAGGAUCUGAACGCUGGCGUCUUCAACACUCAGGAGAACGAGCUGCUGAAGCAGAUCAUCCGGCAGGACCGAGAGAUGGUGAUGAUGGUGGAUCGGAAGCAGUCGGUCACGGGGAUGAACUCCACGCCGAUGUCUGGAAACUCCAUCAUUAACUCUCCCGCCCAGCCACCGUUCAGUACAGCAACUGCCAUUCUUGGGAACAACCAAUUACAGCAGCAGGCCGCCCCACUAAGUUACAGCACCUCCGCUACUAUAACCCCGUCAGGCCGCAUGCCGCCCUCUCAGGGCGUCACGUUUUCGGCACCAAGCGUUUCUCACGGCAACUUGAGCACCUCUUCUGCAAAUCCCCCUACGCCCUUGCAGCAGCAAACAGGGGCAAUAAUGUCUCCUUGUUCGUUCACCACAUCCAUUUGCAGUCCCCCAGUGCAAACCCCUAUAGCCAGCCGAACAUUCCAGUACGGAUCACCGACGGCCUCCCAACUGUCCCUUGUACAGCAACCCUUAUCCCAGCAGCCCUCGCCUGCCUCCAUACCUCAACAACCGCCACAACAACAGCCGCAGCAAUCAAAAGUGGCGUCUCCUCAGAGGAGCGAUGUCCACAAGAGCGCACAGGUGCUCCAGUCAGGCAACCUGAGCAAGGACAUACGCCACCUCUCUGCCUCGCAGCCAUCACUGCCCCACGAGACCUCAUUUGCUGCCCGGGCACAUCCCACAUCGGGCGAAUCACUCGCUUCCAUUCAGUCACCCAUUGGAUCCGUGGCAGGCGUCCAGGCCCCGGGCUCUGUCCUGCAAAGCGGCAUCCACUCCAACGUUCCACAGAGGGUUGCCCUUUUCCGGCAGAUGUCAUCGGGCGCAUUACCACCGGUGCGCACGGCGCCCUCUAGUGCUCAGCACAGGGAUUCCACAGGCUCCAGGAGAGAGUCGGCAGUCUUAACCAGUGCAGAGACGGAACAAGACAAGAUGCGGUUCGCAUCAAAUUUAUGAUCCUGUUUUAUGUUUUUUUUCAUGUUCAUUUUUUUAAAAUAUAUUUUGAUUGAUUUUUACGGAGAGACUAAAGAAUGGGGAAAAGACUUUCCUCCAACUUCCUCUGAGAAAAAUAUAACCUCAUAGCUAUCCUGAACAGAAUUUCCUUAUACUAUAUUUUAGACACAUUUCCCCUUCAACUUAAGAAUGUAUAUUGUACAAAUAUAUAUGAGCAAAUCCAACUAGAAUAUUUGGUAUUGACCACAU